AUGUGUGCGGGCUUUGAUGUCGCCUCAUUAAUGCGCAUUUCCAAGUCUAUUUCAUCUAAUAUUCAGUACGGUGACACAGAAGAAGAUAAAGAAGAGAUCAAAAUAUCUAUUGUGCCGAAACGUGGUGGUGUAGUGAACUCUCCAGCCGCCAUAGCCACACAGGCGUUUGUAUCGAGCUCACCACCAUUACCGACCGUCCAUAGUCAGGAACUUACCGUGAAAGACGUGACUAUGGACAACGAAGUUGAAGAUAUAACGAUGACAGAUAGUUCAUCUCUAUCGCCAACAAACCAUGUGAUAAUGGCGACGACAUCACCGCCAUUACAAGACAACCAGAUAAACACAGUGGUCUCAAAUUUAUUAAAUAUGGAGGUAGAUAGUACUGCACAAGAAACUGUGACUGUUUCACUUGAUACUGUACUGCCGAAGUUAACGGACAAGAAUUGGAAAGUAAGGAAAGAAGGCUUUGAAGACCUGAAGCUAUUAUUUGAACAGCCAAAUGUCAAGACGAGUCAUGUGCAAGCAGCUGUGGAGCUAUUCCCAAAAUUAUGCGAGGAUUCAAAUGCCAGUGCAAUGGAAGCAGGGUUUGCAGCGGUGCUGGCAUACACUUUAAGUGUAGAGCCAUUUAACAAGGAAAUUGUGACUGGUGUGAUGACACGGGUGACAGACAAGGGGUUUUCAGCACGACCGGGUAUUGUAAAAAUUUGCGAAGAGUUGACCGACGCGUUUGUUGCAGCUGGAGCAGCGGAAGACACGACGGUGGCUUUGCUCGAAGGAGCCAAAAAUCGCAAGCCAAAGGUGCCGCCAGCAUGUCUUUCUUGUAUUCUUGAGGCAUUAAAAGGAUACGGUCCACAAGUGUUGCCAUUGCAAACUAUUAAAGCAGCACUACCUAAGCUCAUGGAGGGCCCUGUAAAAGCACGUCCGAUUGCGAUGGGUAUCAUUGUGGAGAUUUUUAGGUGGACUGGUCCGGCGCUCGUUCAGGAUAUUGUGGCAAACCUUCGUCCGGCCCAGCAAACUGAAUUUGAGGGACAGAUUAAGGAUGUUAUUCCUGGUCAGGCAGCACCUACGAAGUUUAUCAAAGGCGCUAAGCCCAAACGAUCCGUUGCCAGUGGUGCAGGUGAAGGGGCGUCUAGUGGUGCAGCAGGAGCAACCGAGUUCGCACCUGCAGCAUUUGAUCCUCGUGAUUUUGCCGAGACAGUCGAUUUACUUGCAAAGCUGCUUAAGACUGAGUUUAAGGCCAAGUUGGCCUUACCGAAGUGGAGCGAAAAGGUGGAAGCACUAAAGAUUGUUCUGGAGCUCAUAGGCCCCGUACCGAAGCUUGCAAAUGGGGAUUUUUAUGAACUGGUGUCCACGCUAAAGGUACUGGCAAACGACUCAAAUGUGAACAUUGUGGCUAAAUCGAUUGAAGUAUUUGGUGCGCUAGCGGACGGCUUACGCAAAAACUUCACGCAAUAUGCUCGAGUGAUGUUUCCUGAGUUGCUGCGAAAACUUUCAGACAAGAAGUCGGUGAUUUUGAAUGCGACAAAUAAGACAUUGGACUUAUUCUUGCAGCAUGCAAUGACAAUUGAUAUGAUGAUGGAUGACCUGAAGCUAGCAUGCGAUGCAUCAAAGAACAAAGCUCCGCCUGCACGCGUUCAGACGAUGUGUUUCUUAACGCGCGCGGUCAAAAACCGCUUUGUGGAUUUGAACGACAAGGCACUGGUUGUGUCUUUUGGAAUGAUGUUCUCCAAGGGCAUUGGCGAUUCCGACCCGAAAGUGCGCGAAGCUGGUCAAACAUCGUUUAUUGCGCUCUUGCAGGCUUCCGCUCAGGCAUCGGUGUGGAUGAAAAAUAUAAUGGAAGAUAUAGCGCGCAAGAAUAUACGAGCAUUCAAGGCGAUCCAGCUAGGAAUAGGAAGUGGAACUCCACUAACGCCUUCUUCUCGUCCAGGUACACAAUCCUCUCGCCUUGGCAGUGCUCCACCAUCGCGUCCCGGCAGCGCAAGUAGUGCUAUUAGCCGCACCAGUGCUUGCAACGUAAAGGCACCAGAACUGGAAGUGAUAAACGCGGACAUGGCAAGUCCAGCGCCUGGUGGCCACCGUCAUCCUCCUUUGAAAAAGCGUGGGCCACCUGCUCGACCCGGAAUGAAGCUUAAUGCUACCGGCACUACCGUUGAAGAAGCUGAGGACAUCAUUGCGGAACUUCAGUUGGAGAACUGGGAUGAAAUUAAGAAAGGUUUUGCAAGCUCAAAAUGGAUGGAACGAAAAGAAGCAAUUGAGGGAUUGGAGAAAUAUGCUAAAACACACUCAAACAUGAUGAAUGCUAGAGUGAUUGAGGCGUUUACGAUUUAUCUGUCAAAGCAUGUAAAGGAUUUUAAGGACAGCAAUAUUAACGUAUUAAAGAGUUCGUUCCAGGCUGUGGGAACCUUCGCAGAGACAGCAGCCAGCAAGUUCCCGCGUGGAGUUGUCUGUCAUGUUGCUGCUCGUGCUUGUGACAAGAUUGGUGACAGGAAGGCGAAUGAGGCUGUUCGUAACAUGAUUAUGCAAUUUUGUGAAGUAGCAAGUCCAUCGUAUACAACUGGGUGCAUGAUCGAGUAUAUGCCGAAGGUCCGAUUACCGCUAGCGCAUAUUGAGGCACUUGCUGUUUUAUUGGAUUGCGUAAAGGACUUUGGCGUCUCCGUUUGCAAUCCACGCGCUUUGAUUGAAUUUGCGAAGGGGCCGCAAGGGUUGGAGUCAUCAAACCCCAAGGUUCGCAGCGCAGCUAUCUCACUAUAUAGUACAAUGUACUCGCAACUUGGACCGUCUUUACUCCCAAUUCUCAACCUGGACAGCUGGAAGCCUGCAUUGGCUGAGACAAUGAAGGAUGAGUUUAAAAAGGCAGGCUAUGAUCCGGCAAGUGCCAUGGUAAGUAUAAAGCGAAGAGUCAAAAAUGAAGAUGAAAUCGCAAUGUCCGCAGAUCCAAGUGUCAUAUUCGGUCGUGUGGAUAAGCGUGGAGAGGCUAUGGACACCGUCCAAGUAAUUUGUGAGGGUGCUGGUUGUGCGAUCGAGUUCACACGGCCUGUGCAAGAACUACUUCGCAACCUAAAAGUUCGUUUGAACGACUCAAAUGCGAACAUGAAGGUGAAAGCUGCAAAUGUGAUUGCGGUGGUUGCGACAAGUGUCGGGCCUGAUAUCGGUAAGAUGUCGAAGAUGCUUGGUCCAAGCUUGAUUGCCGGAGUUGCUGACAAUAAGAAGGUAAUGCAAUCAGCUGCAAUCCAAGCUCUGCACAAAUGGGUUUGCCAUAGCGGCAAGACUUCCUGUGUUUGUAUGGAAAGUCUUCUGUUGCCUCUUUCGGAGGGCCUUUUGAAUACUGUUGGACGAGCAGAAUUGUUGGAGUGGGCAGCAGAGCACCUGAAAAAUUGCGAGAAGCUUGAUUUGCAUUGCUUGGUUGUUCCUACUGUUCAGUGUUUGAUGGAUAAGUCCUUUGACGCGCGUGAGAAAGCGCAACUGUUGCUUAUUGAAGUAUUAAAAUCUGUGGGUAAAGACACUGUACUUACGAUGGGGUGUCGCGACAUAAAGCCUGCCGCAAUGCGGGCUCUUCAGCCUUUGCUUGCCAAAGUAUGCGAAUUAGCAGAGGCGGGUGGGGCUGUUAGUACUGACGAAGAAGCCUCUUCUAUUUCAGGACCUACCAGAACGCCAACGCAUCCUCCUGUAACACCAUCUGCUGCGGGUUCUGGAUCAAUCAGCACUGGGAUUGGACGUGGUGGAAGCCGCAGAAGGGCAAGUGCAUCUGGAGGUGAUGGCACUUCAGUAAAGUCACGCCUUGCCCGACCUGCUGUAUUGAAGGCUCCUACGACAUCGCUUUCGUCUCAUUUCGCAUAUACUCAAAAAGAAAUCGCACCAUUGCUGAAGAUGAGCACCAGCAAACCUGCAAGAAUACUUAAAGGGCAGUUUAACCGCUGGCUUUUUGAGGCCACCUCCACAAGUGAAAUGAAUACGCGCAAGAGUGAAAUUGAGGCUGAGUGGAAGCCUUUCUUGUCGCCUGAGUUUCAUGCGAAACUCUUUGCUCCGUCAUUGGAGAAAGGAAUGCUAAGCGCGAUGGACGAGUUGACGGCGGUAUGCGUUGUCCAUCAAGCAGAUGAAGUGAUUGCCUCACUCGACCUUAUCUUAAAGUGGUGCACCCUUCGUAUUGUGGACAACAAUGUUCAGGCCCUGGCUAAGCUGUUGGAGUUUUUGGUUAAGCUACUGGACAUGUUAAAGGACACAAGAUACCAGUUAGAUGACGUUGAGGCUGCAAUUUUGCUUCCGUACUUACUCCAAGAAAGUGGACAGUCAAAGCCGCGUUUUCGCGUCCGCUUCCGUGAUGUGAUGAAGCUGGUUAUUGAUGUGUAUAGUCCUGAAAAGUAUGUACCUUUUCUAAUGGAAUGCUUUAAUGGUUCGAAGAACAUGAAGAGUCGCUGUGAGUGCAUUGAUCUUGUGGAAUUCAUUGUGAGUGUGCAUGGAUACCAAGUUGUUGGCCGAAAAUGCAUUAAAGAUAUAGGCGGACCGAGAAAGGAAGUUCGGACAAGUUUUUUUCGGUUCGUUGGCAUCACUACGCAACAGGGUAUUGAUUUGCUAAGUGCACGUAUAAAACAUUUGCCUGUGGUAACUUUUCCAAAUGGAAGUGCUGCUGAAGGAAAAGUUGUGACAAAGCCAGAGCUGUUACAGCAACGCUCUCAACGGACUGGGUUCGGAUUCAGACGAGCUUCUAUUGUUACGACUUUGACGCCGACACAUAAUAAUGUUUCGCGUUCGAUGGAGUCACAUGCUGAGCCCAUUUCUGUGGCCGUGGUGAAGCAGUUACCUGAUGGUCAUAUAGACGAUGACAUCAUCAUGAACACAGUAAAUGAGGAGGCGGUUGAAGAAAUCCCGUCCAGUGCGGCGAUCGAAGAGUUGCUAUUGCGCCCAAUUGAGAUGCUUAUCAACUCUUCAAAGGAAAUUGUUCCCGCUGGUACACCUGCGUACAAGGAAGGCGGGAACGCUCUGAAGGGUUUGUAUGCAAUCAUUAACUGUCCUUCGGACCCGUCAGAAGUCGAGUUUCUGCACUCGUAUGUGAACGAGAUUGUUUUGGCUCUUUGCGAUUGUAUACAUGGAGCCUUUUACGCAGGUAAUGCGGAGAAGAGGCCUGAGAUGUACAUUCUUGCAAUAAGCAUCACGACGUUAACCGUGAUCUUUAAUAGCGAGGCUGUUACUAGUAUGCAGCGCUACACUGUGGAACGCGUUUUACUGGAAUUGUGCUCAAAAAUAAUGGACCCGCGUUUGGAAAAGUUCUCUCAAAAGGCUAAUUUGCCAGUAACAGAGUUAAGUAUGUCACCGGAAGAGAAUCGUUAUCUCAUGGUCUACAAAGCGCUUUACAAGGCUAUGCGCAAGCUGACGGAAAGGGCGAAACCUGGUGAUGUGUACCCUUCGGUGAUUAAUCUUCUGCAACGUCUUAUGCACAAUGAUGUUGGUGAGUACAACAAGAACGACGCGUUAAAGCAUUUGUUAAAAGAAGAUUCUCUUGAUCAGCUUGUAGGACGUAUUCUGCUGAAGCUGACGAACGUCCAAGCAAAGGCACUUGCCCCAUUUGAGGGUAUUGACAUCUUUGGUGUUCUCAUGCAGAUGCAUGGGUUCUUUUCGACUCUACCGAGGGCUGAAGUCAUGAUGGUGGAUAUAGCCAACGACAACAUGCAGUCAGCAUUAAAGAUUAUUGCUGAGAGCCUAACAAAGACUCGACCGAGUACUUUUGAGGCAUCUCUAAAGGACAUUCCUUCUACUUCUAUGGUGCAUCAGAUUCUCGAAGAUACGGGAUAUGUUCAAUCCCAACUACAGAAUGCUGCCGAAACAGAGCUGCGUGUCGGAGAAAACGACACUUGUCUCUCGUCAGCGGCUCGUAAUUUGAACCACUAUGACGGCGGAAGUGCCGCCACAGGUGGUGCUGCUGCAACAGAAGAAACAAUUUCUCGACGUUUGUUUUCGCCACAAGAUACUUUCUGUAUUGCAGCCCAAAGAUCAAGAACGGCUUCAUUAGUGCCGUCAGUGGCUGCAAAUGCACCAACAACAACCCGUGGACGCAGUUUCACGUCGUUUCAUGACUUCGCUGUCAAUCGCGGCGCAGCGAGUAGUAUGCCACGUACGUCGACGACCAGCGAACAGCUUGAAAAUUUGCGGGAGCGACUACAAAUGUCCCGUCAUUUUAAUUAG